CCGUCAUUCUUCAUUCAUCAAGCGACUUUCAACAAGCGAGUACGCGUCGCGUUUCGUGUCGUCGUCCGUUCGAUUAUUAUUAUUAGUGGUUAUUAUACAUUAUACUACCAGCUAGUGAAUCCUGGUAGUAGGUAGAAUCUACUACUUGAUAAUAAAUAGUAGGUAUUUACUUUGUGCUGCUGCUGAAUAAUUUUCCUUGGUCGUCGCCGUCGCGUCAUCGAUUCGAUUGAAGAGAAUCUCUGAUAUUCGUCGUCGCCUUCGUUACUGUGAGGAAAAAUCGUGAAAAAGUGAAGUUUUGUGAAGCUCUGAGUGCUGGAUUCUGCCAGGCUGGAAAGUUUGCUUUCUAUGCCGCAGAAGAACCCGUGGGGUUGUGGUUUGAUUCCGAGAAACGGCCCCAAAUCUGCAAAGCAAAAACCCCACUCGAAAAUGGUGCCGGGGACAAAGUGUUGAAUGUGGGAAAACGGAUUCUUUUUCUGGUCGAAUAAUUCUCGCAGGGUUUUCUCUGCCGAGUGUCAGGAAGAAAAUUUCGUUUCGUGAAGAUGCUCUUGUUCGAGUGGGUGUUGUGCUAAAAAGGUGGAAUUUAAUGUAAAGAAAGGAAAACUACUGUUUUUCAAACCUGAGAAGCAAGCAGAAGAAAAAUAAACGCCAGAGAAAGUUUUCCCAAUUGAGGGCUGCUAAGAAAAAAAAAUCCCCCAGCCAUAUGUGAACGGAAAAGCGACGUUUCUCGUCAGUAUUUUCAUCGAUUCGGUUCAGAGUUUUUUCCGAGAUAAACUCCGUGUGAAAAUCAUUGCGAUCCACGAGGAGCAAAGAAGAAAAAUCAAGAAAAUUGUAAAAUUUUUGCUCGGUAAUAAAUUCCAACCACAAAGUUUUUCCUUGGCAGUUUAUGUGCGCGAAAGCGAGAUAUCGCGAUAUCUGGCGUUGUGACGAGGCAAAACGAAAAGGCAAGACGUCGUCGCGCUGCUUCUCUGUGUGAGUGUUUGGAAACGUCACUUUUUCUCCACACCAGCAGUAGCAAAAACAUCACCGAACGUGUGGGUGUGUAAGUGCAUGUGUAUGCGUGAAAGAGUGCGCGCGCGGCAGUAAUAAUAAUAAUACUAAAAAUGGUGGCGCAGUUUCAUUAAUCCACUUCUACUUGUGUUUGUGUUGGUGCUCUUUUGAUUCACUGAAAAGCUGUUACUAGCGGCGGUUGUUCCGUUGUGUUGAUGCCGUAGUGGCAGAUGUGUGAUGGCCGAUGUUUCCAUUGGGCUGAAUAACAAUAAUAACCGAGUGGAACAACAACAACAUCAACAGCAGAAGCAGCAGCAGCAAAAGAAGCAUCGAAUCGUCUUUGUCGAUUUGGCAGCAGCAGAAAAGUUGUUCAUCAAAUGCAACAUUGUAUGUAUGAACAAGUGUUGAGGUGAAUCUAACACAGAAAAAUGACAAAACUAAAACUUUUAGAACUCUGUGAUUCAUUCCCAAGUAUUCCAAUUGUGAGAAUAAAUUACACCAAAACUACACUAAAAGAACAAUAACUAUCAAAGUGAGUGUAAAACAAAACCAACCAAUAAUGACUCAUCCCAAAGUGACAACCAAAUCAAGUACCAUCAUUCACAUAAAAACUCACCGACAACGGUUCACCUCGUCAACAGGUGGUCAAAUUCGCCGGAUGGCGGCAGUUUUAUCAGCCGCAACAUUUGGCAGUGAUUGAAUGCACUUCGCAGCAGAAAUUCUGCCGAGUUCACGCGAAAAAGUUCUCCCUGUUUGGAUCGACCCACUUGUCGUUUGGAGAGAUUCGCAUAACCGGUUUCAUUUGUAACUUAGAAAACAGAAAACGUGACGCGUUUCCUAGUUAGGUAGCUUGACCAAAACCUGCCCCCGAAAUCCCACUUAGCCGCUGGAGGCCGCAAAUGAAAACGUCGCAUUUCCGCUCGAAUUUCGACUUUUCCGGUCGGCCACCACUAGUUUCUCCGUCGUCGUCGUCGUCUUUGUUGACUCAACAACAUCUAUCGGAACAGGAACAGUCGACUUCGAAUCACCAACAGCAGUUGUUUUCGUCUUCGUCGCAGUCGCCAUCGCAGCAGUUUGACCAGCAAUUCCGCGAAGGAUAUCUCCAUCGAAGAAGUGGUCUACAUCAUCGUCAUCAACGGCAAAGUGGUUCCAGCAGUAGUAGUGGUGGUGGUCUUAACAAUCUCAAUCAGCGCCACCUGCAGCAAGCGAUACAAAGUAACGAAACCAGAGGCGAAGGUUUUCUGCCAAAAGUUGGGGAGAUUGUUGCCGUGUCAUCGUCAACGUCUCCGCCGCCUUCGCCAGCUCCACUUCCCUUGCCGGAGUCCUGUGCGGACGAACAGCAGAAUCAAUUCCUGUCGGUACCAACUCACCAACAUCACCAUCAUGAUCAACAGCAAGAACAACAACUGACGAGAGUGGUUAGCUAUCAAGAUCAACAGUAUUCCUCCGGUGACAGAGCUGCUACUAGUGUGCGACAUCCACAGCACCAUAAUUUGUACCAGCAGCGACGCCAAAACCGCCCUGGUGAAAAAGAAUCCUCUGCGAUUGUCGUUCCAGCUCUAGAAGAAGAACAAGAAGAUCGAGGAGCCCCUCUGCCAGCAGUCGUCCGAUCGAGUGCGGUCGUUAUUGACGGUGGACAAUCGUUGCUGGCCCCGUCUGUCAUCUACGAAACGUCAUCAUCAUCAUCGUCGUUGCGCUAUGAUGGUGGAUUGAGUUCCCAGAGACAGAAUCAAUCGAAAGCAGCAGAAUCAACAGUUGCCGCCAUCGAUAACAGCAACGGUAAUUUGCAACGUCACAGUCAAGCUCAGCAUCAGCAUCAGCAUUUGGUGGCUGCGAGUACGACAGUAAACUCGAACUACAACCGGAGCCAUCAACAGCAGCAGGCUGAAAAUAGCAGCCGUAGCAGCAGUAGUGGUAUUGGCGGCGGUCAUAUAAAGUAUCCACCACCGCCACCAGCUCCAAAGGGAACGACGACAACAGCAACACUAGCAGCUCCGACUAAGCGCAAGAGAGAAACAGGUGAUCCUUCUAUCCAAGCCAACAUCCCGGUUUUCGUGUCUUAUCCAUUGCGAGCGAGAAAGCCAGCACCAGGGACACCAGCUGAGUGUGACUGUGGCUGCGUUGAAAGUGCUACGGUCGUUGUAACAACUAGCGCUACCAGUUCUACUUCCCUGGUCGGUAAUAACAACGGCAGCAACAAUAACAACAACAACAGCAUUAAGAACUCCGGCAGCGGCGGCGGAAGUUCCGUUGUAGUGGCUGCUUCCUCGGGGGCUAUGGGCGCCCCAUCCAACGGCUCCAAGACGGCACAUUCAAAGGUUGCAACCGGAGGAGGUCAUGCCAACACGCAGACCUCCAGCAAACGCUCGAGCAGUGGAGCCGACGGAGACUAUCAGCUGGUGCAGCACGAGGUGCUGUACUCCCUUUGCGCGCAGUACGAGGUGCUAGAGUUUCUCGGCCGGGGCACAUUCGGACAGGUGGUAAAAUGCUGGAAAAAGGGCACAAGCGACAUCGUCGCCAUCAAGAUCCUCAAGAAUCACCCGUCCUACGCGCGGCAAGGCCAAAUCGAAGUGUCGAUCCUGUCCCGACUGAGCCAGGAAAAUGCCGACGAGUUCAACUUUGUCCGGGCGCUGGAGUGCUUCCAGCACAAGAACCACACCUGCCUGGUGUUCGAGAUGUUGGAACAGAAUCUGUACGACUUCCUGAAGCAGAACAAAUUCUCGCCGCUGCCACUCAAGUACAUUCGACCGAUCCUACAGCAGGUUUUAACGGCGUUGUUAAAAUUGAAGCAACUUGGCUUGAUUCACGCCGAUUUGAAGCCCGAAAACAUCAUGUUGGUCGACCCGGUUAGGCAACCGUACAGGGUAAAGGUGAUCGAUUUUGGUUCGGCGUCUCACGUCAGCAAAACGGUGUGCAAUACGUACCUGCAGUCGCGCUACUAUCGGGCGCCGGAAAUUAUCCUCGGGUUGCCGUUCUGCGAGGCCAUCGACAUGUGGUCGCUGGGAUGUGUCGUGGCGGAGCUGUUUCUCGGGUGGCCCCUGUACCCCGGUUCCUCUGAAUAUGAUCAAAUCAGGUACAUAUCGCAGACACAGGGUCUCCCAACCGAACACAUGCUGAAUAGCGCCAGUAAAACGGCCAAAUUUUUCUACCGGGAUGUCGAUUCCACCUAUCCUUUCUGGCGGUUGAAGACACCGGAAGAGCACGAGGCGGAAACCAACAACAAAAGCAAGGAGGCUCGAAAGUACAUCUUCAACUGUCUGGAUGAUAUCGGGCAGGUGAAUGUGCCAACCGACAUUGAAGGUGGCCAGUUGCUAGCAGAAAAGACUGACCGACGGGAGUUCAUCGAUCUGUUGAAGCGGAUGCUGACGAUCGAUCAAGAACGGAGGAUAACACCGGGUGAAGCGCUGAAUCAUCCGUUCACAACGUUGGCACAUCUGGUAGACUACGCCCACUGCAACAACGUUAAAGCGUCCGUCCAGAUGAUGGAGGUGUGCCGAAGGACGGACUCAAUGAUUCACACUUACAAUUUAAGCGUUCAGCCGACGACGGCCACCCUGGUGACAAACUUCGUACCGAAUGCCACCGAGAACAUGACCAUCACGUUCAACAAUCAGGUGCAGAGGAUCGUGCGGGAGCGUGGACCAACCUACGACAACCAUCUGUAUCAGAUCUAUCGGGGUCGGAAUGUCGGUGGUCAGUACAGUAACGGACGGCCGGAUGCUUUCCAGCAUCAGUUGGUGUCUAGCAUUCUGUGUCCUCCAGGGUAUCAAACGAUGCCAAGUCCGACAAAGCACGUCGUUGUUGGGGGCACCUCGAUGCAACCUCCACUGCAGGUUCCGCCACAGCAGUACGUCAAUGUUCCUGUUCCUGUGUCGAUGGUCGAACCGUCAUCCGGCCAGCGGAUGCUGCUGACCAAUGCGGUUCAACCGAACGUUGCCUGGCCGCAGAGUGGGCGCCAGGUGGCAAUUGUGCCAUCGUGGUCACAGCAAACCGGACCGCACUCGCUGAUCGUCGACUCGGCGCCGUUUCUCAACGUGGAGGAGAUCUACCCGAAGCCACAUCUCAACAUACAAACGCGGCAUCCCGAGCCGAAGAAGGAAUCACCGGUGCACCAUCUUGUCGUCUCCCGCCACGACAAGAAGGAAAACAACCAACUUUCACCGGUGAAGAAGCGCGUCAAGGAGAACACCCCACCUCAUCAGCAGCGGUACAACAGCAAUCGGAACAAUCACAUGUGCCAGCAGUACCACGAUGUCGGAGGGCCAUCCUCUUCGUCGUCGUUCUAUCACGGCAACAACAGCAGCAGUAGCAGCAGCAAUCAACUGCAAAUCCCACAGCAACAAAUUCCGCCACAACCGCACCACCACCAUUCAUCCUCGUCUUCAUCGUCUUCACAACAACCUCCGGCACAAUCGCAGCUGCAACAGGCCAACAGUAGUAGCAGUGGAAAUCACCACCACCAUCACCACUAUCAGCAGAUCGAUUCCGGAUCGAUGGGCGGUGGCAGCGGAAGUGGCUUGAGUGGAUCGAACAAUGUACAAAUUCACCAUUCUUCGUCUUCGUACGGAGGCAAUGGAAGCAGCAGCAGCAUGAUGAUGAACAGUGGUAGCAUACAUCAUGGAUCGAGCAGUGGUCACCAUCAUGGCAGUGGCAGUGGAAGUCACAUACACCACAGUCACAGCAGUCACAACAGCAAACAGCAAACGAUCACAAUUCACGAUACUCCUUCUCCCACGGCGGUUAUUACCAUUUCGGAUAGCGAGGACGAGACAGCGGAUGUUAAACAGUCGACUAGCAGUUCCAAAUCGCAGCAUCAAUCCACAAGUAUGUGUGGACCAAGCUCCAGUCAGCAGCACAUUCGCGGUCAUCCGUCGACAAAUAGCAGUUCCUCGUCCUCAAAUCAAUGCCGUGCGAAUAUGGGAAUGAGUGGAGUCGGUGGAAGCAGCAGCAGUUGUGGAAUCAAACCCUCAUCUUCAUCGUCCAAUAUCCACCAUUCGUCGUCGUCGUCUUCAGCAUUGGCAGCAUUGAAUCAACAGCCUCCGCCGCCAAGUGGUAGCAGCUCUCAUCAUCACUCGCACUACCACUUGCAGCAAGUCCCACAGUCACACAUGCAGCAGCAACAACAGCCCCAACAAUCGCAGCAUCAUCCGAGCGUGAUCAGCAGUGGCAGCCAGGCUGGUAGCAGUAGCAUGUGCGGCGGAAGCAGUCAAUCGGGAUCGAUAUCAAGCAGACAGCGCAAAAGCACAGCGGUGGCGUCCACUUCGACAGCAUGCGUGACCGUUGGCGACAGCGAUGGGGAGAACGAUCGGCGCAAUACGCCUAAACACCAGACGAUAAAAUAUGAGCAUCACGCAGGUCAGUCACAAAAGAAACGCCUGCUUGCGAUGGCCCAAAACGAAUGUCUGCUAUCGUCGUCCACAAAUCAGUUGCACGUGCCGAAGCAGGAACCAACGGAGUUCGUCGCGUACGAGUAUCCUCAGGUGGAUAAACGUUCGUCGUGGGCUCCACCGGGUUCCUCGUCGCACUACGGAGGUGGUCACAACAGCAGCAGCAGUGGUGGUCACAAGAGGGAAUCGUCUGCAUACAUGCCAUCGUCAUCGUCCUCUUCUUCGUCGGUUAAUCAGGGCAGCAGCAGUAUGGGCGGAGGUCCUAUGGGUGGCGGUUCAUCACUUGGAGCAGCUCCUCCGCAUGCUCAUGCCAAAAACACACCAACCGGUGGCAGUGGUUCGUCGUGGGGGGCACCAGUCUACCGGCAGCAUCAGCAAAGUUCCAACACACCGUUGGGAAGUUCACCGGGAGCGAUGCUACAGCAGCAGGACAUUUACGCGCAGGGAGACAUUUACCGGCGGUCGGCGGUGUUUGUUUCGCAGGCACCGUACCAGACAUACAAUCGGGUGGUCCCACCGCCGGCGCACAACGCUUCCAGCCGACAGGUUCUUCCGACGCAUCCGCUGCCGGCGCACAUCCAAUUCCCGACGCAGUACAGCCAGUUCGGGCCACUCAGUCCGGCUCAGAUUGCCAACAAACACUUCUGGUUCAACGAAUAGAGAUCGACGGUGUAAAAGGGACGGGGGUUAUCGACACAGAUGGGAUCGCUUUUAGUCGCGCGUAGAACAUAUAGGUAUUGGCUUCGCAACAAUUGUCGGAAAUACGGAUUUUUCCAGGAUGAGACGAAACACGUUUAUUUUUCUUUUCUCUUUUAAUAGUCAUCAUGUCUUAAUGAAUUGCCUUAACGGAUAUGGAUGCAAGAAAUGCUAGAAGGGAACGUCUCAUCAAUAGUCGUUAGGAUUUAUUUGUAUGAUUUUUCUUCGCUUGCGUACAAAUGAAACUAGGAAUCGUACAUGUGUAAAAACAAUAUGGCAAGAUGGCAUAAGUAGAUGUUUAGUUUGGCGAAAAUUCGCAGUUACAGUAUAAAUUUUGUUCUACAGAAAGAGGAAAUUUACGUUUCGCGCAAUAGAGUUUAUAUUCCACCUCACUCAUACACUCAUAUUAUUACAAUUUCACAGAUAGGCCGGAGAAAGGAUCCGUGCAUACACUAGUAAACGGGAAAUGGGAAAGUUUUUGUCUUAAAGUGUCUCAACUUAGAUUUAGCGUUUAUGAUAGAAAGAGGAUUUGGUGUUCCCAAUUUUGGGAGAUUUAGUGAGAAGGGAAGACUUUUUAGGCACGCAUAGGAGCGAGAAAGAGAUCGAGGGAGGGCAAAACUGUGCUGAAUGUGAUUAUUUUAUCUACUACUCUAGAUAUAGUCGAGAUAUAGUCGUUUAACGUUUCUAAUAUUUUUUUGCUUUAACGCGAGCAUGAGAGUCACUGUAAAAAUAAAUAUAAUAUCUAUUCAGACCAUCGCAAAACAGAAAACAAAUUACAUACAAAUACACACAAGUAACAGACGCUGCAAACAUAAUCAAUACUGUACAUUUAAAGAUCUCACAUAUUAAUCCUAUCUGAGUGCGUCCCACCAUCAUGUUUUGUUUUACGUUGAGGAAAAUGAUUAUCAUCGUGUUUACUAUCUGUAACUGCUAUCUAAAACUUUGAAAAAGCGCCCCCAAAAGGCGAACUGUGUUUUUUGUUUUGCGUGUGCGAGGAAUGUUCGUUUUUAAACCUUCGAUGUCCCAUUUAGGGGUUGGACGCGACCGACGGAAUGUCGGCCAUAAUGUACCUACGAACGCAGCAAAGUAUGUCCUAUUGCUAGACGAAACGAAGCGGAGCUAAACGCGGCUCAAACGACAGUGUGUGAUUAGGUCUUGUUGUUUUUUUGUACAUAGUCUUGUAUUUGGUAGUGUUAUCUAGAUGUGGGAUAGAGGUAGGAGUGUACACACAAUAUAAACCGAGCAAAAUGGAAAUACUGAAAACAAUAAUAUAUUUUUGUGCAUAUUUUAUAUUUAUAUAUAUCUGUAGUCGUAACACACUCACAGUAAAUGGAACUAGGAAAAGAAAGGCAACCACGAAGAAUCCGUCAAUGUUUGAGGAAAUACAAGUAGGAAAUUUUUUGUAACGACUUUGAUUUGAUCUUUUGAGAGCAUUUUAUGUUCGAGAACGAAAGAAAAAAGAAAAAAGUGUAAAAAUGGUGUUGUAGUAGCGAAUCAAAUGGCCGAUUAGAUAACAUAUUGAUUUAAAUGUUUUUUUUUUUUUUGUGGAAAUGCUUUGCUUCGCUGUUUUUUUGUCGAAUAUUUCAUUUUUCUCUUGUUUUACUAUCAUGAUAAAUUGCAAUCCUAUCAAAUGUUUAAAGGGUCCCUCCUCUCAAAAGAUUCAUGUUCUGGGUGGGACAAUGUUGUUCCAAAUGUCUCUUAUUAAUCUAGACCGAAUUGGCAUAGUCGAGGAAAUUCAAAGAAAAACAACAAAAAUUAUGGUUUAAAUGCAAGUGACUUGUACUAUAAAAUGUUAUCUUCCAUGUUACGUCGAUAAUUAAUGUUAACAUCAACUUGCAAAUUAUUUCAGAAACUUCUUGGAAAACCAUGUUUUUCUACGUGGUCACCAACCAUAUGGGGCAUUAUGAGCCACCCUACGGGGCAGUAUAAGCCACCUCAUUCAAUCGAAUGAUUUUUAUUUAAAACAGUAUAGAGACGAGUUAGCUGUGAAGAGUACAUUAUUGGAAAGGAAAUUGUAUUAGCUUUGCUUGAAAUUAUUGGUUCUAGCGGCUUAUAUUUUAAAGAUACAUAAUACAUAGU